CGUGACGCUGCUGCGCCGCGCAGGAAGACGCGCUUGAAGGGGCGGAGCUUCAGUGCAGCUGAGCGACGUGUUCUAGUCACACUGUUAGCAGUUCAUUCAUCGCUCAAGACAUGGUGUUAUUAGAAAACGACGCGUUUCUGACUGAACUCACUCGGCUGUUCCAGAAGUGCAGGACCACUGGCAGUGUCGUCAUCACUUUAAAGAAAUAUGACGGCAGAACGAAGCCGGUCCCCAGAAAAGGCCAUCCAGAGACGUUUGAACCGGCAGACAACAAAUGUCUCCUCAGAGCGUCAGACGGAAAGACCAAAAUCAGUACAGUGGUCAGCACCAAAGAAGUAAUAAAGUUUCAAAUGGCGUAUUCAAACUUGUUGCGAGCGCACAUGGACGGCUUGAAAAAGAAAGACAAAAAGAGCAAAAGCAAGAAAACUAAAGCCACACAGUGAUGGACAGUAACGGAGAAGUGUGUACGUCUGAUCCGACACUCACCAGUGCCACGCCACCUUCCCAUCAGCCCCUGCGGCGGCUCUGACGGCACGUCUGAUCAUCAGGAACCGCCUGAAAACCUGCCAACCUUUGACUUCUGCUGAUCCACAACCAACAAAACCAAGCAGACUGAUGAUGAUGAUGAAGCAGAGCUUCGUUUACUACUAAAUUGUAGAUUUAAUGAGUGUUUUGAGUUCUUGAGGUGAAGAUGAGAUGCAUUGUGUUGGUCUGGAAUCCAUUAGUUUAUAUUUCAAGCCAUAUUUUGAUUUCAAAACAGUGUUUUAUAUGGUGAGCGAUCGUUACGGUCAGUAAUUUUCUCCUCUUGUUAAUAAUACAUUUUUUUCUUUUCCGUUUUACUGAAUGAGACAUUACGUUUGAAACACGCCCUUUAUUGAGGUUUAACAUCAGAGUUUUUAUAAGUGUUUAUUUGACUUUAACAAAACCACCCUUGUAGAUUUGCAAAUAAAAGAUAACAUUUAUUCAUCCACUGGUUUCAUGAUGACAAAAUCCCAAAGACGUCUGGACUAAGAAUCAAGAUAUCUUGUACAGGUAACAUCUUUAGAAGAGACAGGAAGCUUGUGUACUGUAAAAAAUGAAGAGGUGAAAUAAAUACACUAUGUACACGA